UCAUCAAUUAUACACGGCAGCCAUUGUUCUUUCAUUCUAAAUAUGUCUACAAUUUUUUGACUCUUUAAUUCAAUUCAGCCCCUUCUUCAUACAAGAAUAUAAACUAUCGUUUAUUGACCAAUUUUUCAAAAUCACAAAAUCGAAAUACUAAUAAUGUUGUUUGCAUCAAGGCUUGUAGCAUUGAUUUGGUUUCUGGGGUUUGCUAAUUAUGUGGCAUCAACUUGUUUGCCUCCUCAAGAAUUGGAAGCAUUGUCGGUGGUAGCAAGGAAGCUGGGGAAGAGGGAAUGGAAUUUUGAUGGAGAUGUUGAUCCAUGCACCAAUGAGCUCCCAUGGUGGGAUUCUAGUUUCAAAGAUGGAAAGGGAGUAAUGUGCAACUUCACCUCCCCUGGAAUUUGUCAUGUUACUAGGAUCAUUUUGAAGAGUGAGAAUCUUAAUGGAUCACUUCCAAAGGAGCUGGUUGGACUCCCCUUCCUACAAGUCUUUGACGUUGAUCGGAACUACCUCAGUGGCACUCUCCCUCCAGAAUGGAGCUCCAUGGAAUUCCUUCGAAAAAUCGCUGUUAUCGGAAACCGUCUCACCGGUCCAAUUCCACCGGAAUACGCCAACAUCACCGCACUUGAAGAACUGGUUUUGGAGGCUAAUGAGUUUACUGGAAACAUACCUGGGGAAUUUGGGGAUCUUCCUCGAAUGAGAAGAUUCCAGCUUGCUUCCAACAAUUUCACCGGAGAGUUAUCCCCAAACCUAGCAAAAAUUACCACUUUGGAAGAGUUUCGAAUUAGUGGCAACAACUUCACAGGAAGCAUACCGAAUUUUAUCCUGAAAUGGGGAAACAUCACAAGAAUGGAGAUUCAGGGUAGUGGUCUUAGUGGACCGAUCCCUUCCAACUUAAGUUCUCUAACCAAGUUAACUGACCUGAGAAUCAGUGACCUCAAUGGGAAUCAAUCGGAUUUCCCAAAUCUUGCUAUUUCUACUAGUUGGAAAAAAGUGAUAUUAAGGAAAUGCAAUAUUGUAGGGGAAAUACCACCUUUUAUUGCACGGCUGGCAUUCAACGAGUGUCUAGAUCUGAGUUUCAACAAAUUAACAGGACAGAUUCCUCAAGAUCUUGGUGGUCAAAAAGGAGACAUCUACCUGACUGGGAACUUCCUUAACGGGACAGUGCCACAAUUGAUGGAAGAUAAGGGAAACAUUGACCUAUCCUACAACAACUUCACAUCUCUAAGUCCGGAACCAAGUUGCACGAAAAACAGCCCAAACUUGUUUGCCAACUCAAAUGGAAACACCAAUGGUACUUUCUAUUGUGUAAAUCCACAGUGCAAGUCAAAUGAUUUCUACUCUUUCUAUAUAAACUGUGGAAGCCAAGAAAGAGUUGGUAAAUAUGAACCAGAUAACUCUGCUGAAAACUUCUACCGAGGUACAAACUGGGGAUUCAGCAGCAUAGGCAAGUUCUGGAAUAGUAACAAAAAUUCUAUGUAUGGAAAAAGUCCUUUUGCAUCAAGCAACUUAAGCAUUUCAGGACAGCCAGAAUCUAAAUUGUACUCCACAGCACGGCUUUCCCCCCUCUCACUGACUUAUUAUGGAUUUUGUUUGAGAAAUGGAAACUACACAGUGGAUCUCCACUUUGCGGAGAUCAUGUUUACUAAUGACACAACUUACGGAAGCCUUGGAAGGCGUGUUUUUGAUAUUUAUAUUCAGGGAAAACUGGUUGAGAAGGAUUUCAACAUUGAGAGUGCAGCAGGUGGAGUGAAUACUCCAAUAACAGUGCCGUAUAACGCAUCUGUCAGUGAUCACACCUUGGAGAUCCGCUUCUAUUGGGCGGGAAAAGGAACAACUGUUCUUCCUCAGAGAUCCGUAUAUGGUCCUCUCAUUUCAGCCAUAUCUGUUGUUCAUGCUACUUAUAAGCCUCGAAGCGGCAUCUCGACAGGAGCUAAAGUUGGUAUAGCGAUGGCAGUUAUUUUCACACUCAUUUUGCUUGUGGCUAUUCUGAGGUGGAUGGGCUGUUUGGGGGGAAAACACUCGAUGUAUCAUGAUUUGAAGGGACUUGACCUUCGCACGGGUAAAUUUACCCUAAGGCAAAUCAGAGCAGCCACAAACAAUUUUGAUCAUGCAAAUAAGAUUGGCGAAGGUGGAUUUGGUCCCGUUUACAAGGGUGUUCUGUUAGAUAAAACCAUCAUCGCAGUGAAGCAGCUUUCUUCCAAAUCAAAGCAAGGUAACCGCGAAUUUGUAAAUGAAAUAGGCAUGAUUUCCGCCUUACAACAUCCUCAUCUCGUUAAGCUGUACGGAUGCUGCAUUGAAGGCAACCAAUUGUUGCUUGUCUAUGAGUAUCUGGAAAACAAUAGCCUUGCUCGUGCAUUAUUUGGCGCAGAAGAACACCAAUUGCAUCUGGAUUGGCCAAUGAGGCAAAAGAUCUGCAUCGGGAUAGCAAGAGGAUUGGCUUACCUCCACGAGGAAUCGAGGCUGAAAAUCGUCCAUCGCGAUAUCAAGGCUACUAACGUGCUUCUUGAUAAAAAACUAGUCCCUAAAAUAUCUGAUUUUGGGCUAGCGAAGCUGGACGAAGAAGACAACACCCACAUAAGCACGCGCAUUGCUGGAACAUUUGGAUACAUGGCACCCGAAUAUGCAAUGCGAGGGUAUUUGACAGAUAAAGCCGACGUGUACAGCUUCGGAAUUGUUGUUUUGGAAAUUGUCAGUGGGAGGAGCAACAGUAGUAUCAGGCCUAAGGAGGAUAGCUUUUAUCUUCUUGACUGGGCGAAAUCCUUGAAGGCGAAAGGAAACCUGUUGGAGCUAGUUGACCGGAGAUUAGAUUCGAGCAUCAACAAGGAAGAGAUUACUAGAGCUAUCAAUGUGGCGCUCAUUUGCGCCAAUGCUAAAGCUGCAGAAAGGCCGAGUAUGUCAGCUGUAGUGAGCAUACUCGAGGGGAAAGACAGCGUUCCAAACUUGGUUUCUGAGCCGAGCAUCUCAGUUGGUAAGACGAAAUCCGAUGAAGUAGAAAUGUGUGCAGUUGAUGGUCACGGUGUCUCCAUGGAUGGGCCGUGGAGUGGCUCUUCAACUUCGGCCGCUGAUCUCUAUCCAAUUGCCCCUGAUACAAGCUAUUGGGAGAGGAGAGGUUCUUAGAGGCUAUCUUGU